AUGAAAAGAAGAAGUGUUGCAAUAUCUAGUUUAUCAGGAUCACCAAAACGUUAACUUUCAUAAAUGAGUAUACAUGGUAUCAUAUAUUAAUAUUAAAGAUUUUCCUAAUUUGGAACUCUUAUCUUAAAAUUAUGAAGAUGAGUAAUUAGGAUAUAUGUUAACUGAAAGUGUCAUAGUGAGUAGAUUCAUUUGUAGAUAGAUUAUUUAGAAAGCAAGUGAUAUAAUUAAAGAGAAUUAUGUAAUGAAUUAAUUAAUACCUUUUGGAUGUUAAUGGACUGAAUAAUUUGCUAAUAUGAUUAUAACAGAUAUUAUAGAAGAUAUGAAUUAUAUAGAUUCAAAUUAAGAUGAAAUUGAACCUAAACCAUGUCCAAUAGAACAUUGGAGAAGAAUGAUUGGUUAAGUAUAGAGUCCCAAAAGAACUUUAAUUGAAAAUAGAUCUUUUAGAAGAGAAUCUAAAUUAUAAAGUACUUUAAUUAAUAAAGGGGAUAUCCAAAGAUUUGAUACUUAACCAGUUAAAAUGGGAGAUUUAGAUGACGAUGUUGAUUUUGAUACAGAGAUAGAAUCAAUGCGUUAAGCUAAGGCAAGAUAAUUAUUUAAUUUCCAAUAAAUGCAGAUGCAAGAUUUAAUAAAAAAACAAGAAUGCCAAGAGAUGAAUAGACAACUUAAGAGAUUAAAUGUUGAUUCUAAAUGUAUUAAUCAACUUACUUAGCCAAAUACACAUACGAUUUUGAGGGUAGAGUGAUAGUUUAGAAGCCACCAGAUGUUGAUCGUUAUCCAAAGACUAAUUAGGAAAUCCAACAAAAAAGAGUACUAUUAGAGGUUAAAGACCUUUUCCCUUUACAUAAAAAAUAAUUAGAAUCAAUUAAUAAUCACAAAAAGAAAACUAUAGAAUAAUGUAAUCCUUCUACUUUAUCUAAUCGUAUUAGUUCAUCUUAAAUUGAUAUAAUAUAAUUACAAAAAGGAGUAGCAUUCAUAGAAGGUAAAAAUGAAAAGAGAAAUGAUCGAUAACAUUCUUUAGUUGAUAUUAAAGACCCUAAAGAAUUGUAAAAGACAUUAUCUUAAAUUCAUCUUAAAAUGAGUAAAGAAGAAUAUUCAAUCAUUACAAAUCAACCCUUGCAUUCUAAUUUGCCUACUAAUAAGAAUUUAAAUCUAACAUCAAAUUAAAUUUAAUCAUCCUAAUAAUUCCAUUAACCAAAUUCUCAAAAUAUACCUUUAUCUAUUAAUGGAGAUCAAAGUAUUUAAUCUCUAAAUUCAUCUAUAUUAUAAAAACUUAAUGGAACCAUUUCUAUUAUCUCAGAUCAUUAUGAUGAAUUAUUAAUACAUGAAACUUCUUCUUAAAUUGCAUCUACCACUACCAAAUUGCCAUAAAUUUAAUAACCCUCUUUACCAUAAAUUCCAUAACAUUUGCUUACUGAACCAACUUCAUAUCCAUUAUCUAAUUCUGUUACUAAAUUACCUAAAACCAUGUAUGUUCCAGGUACAUUUUCAAAAAUAAUCCCUAAAUACCCUAGAGAAAGAAUUUCGCGAAUUGUCAAAUAAAUCAAAUUUUGA